UUCAACUCAUAUCAACAACUCUGCCCUAUCUAUGACAGCCCUCUCAACAUUACUGUGCAAGUUCCCUGCCUUGCGGAAAACAAACGAAGAUGAUAAGGAUCACUCACAUAGGAAGAACACAUUUGGCAAGACAUUUGGAUGACAGUUUCACUUGCAGUGAGGGUACUUUCCUUUAGGUGAGGGAGUUGACGGAGCUAGAGAAGCGUUAUAGCUGAAAAAGAUGGAGGAACACCGCAUUCAUACAUCAAUACAAAUGAUGGGUCUCCUGCUAUUUGCUCUCCCACAUUACUCUGACACCUUAAAUCUAAACCUGGUUAACUUCAUUGAGUUCUCUGGCCCUGAGGGAAGCUUCUUUGGCUUCUCUGCAGAUUUCUAUCAGUUUAGCAACAAAACCAUCAGUGUUGUGGUUGGGGCCCCCAGAGCCAACACCAGUCAGCCAGGAGUCACUGAGGCGGGGGCUGUGUAUCUCUGUCCCUGGGCACAGACAGGAAGGGCCUGUACUACCAUGACCUUUGACACAAAAGGUGAUGAGGUUAAUCUUCACCAGAACUUAGUGAUAAGUUCUUCAAAGUCCCACCAGUGGUUUGGCGCUACUGUGCGAUCCUCUGGAAACUACAUUGUGGCCUGUGCCCCCCUGUUCCACUGGAACGUGGUAGACGUGGGUGAACGUGAUGAGGCCCAGAACACUCCAGUGGGGAACUGCCUAGUGUUGAACACACUGACAGGGGAAACGGUCAACUUCUCCCCCUGCAGAGACGUCAUGACUGAGAAGGUUUACAAAGCCCGGAAGUACAAGAACGACAGACGAUACUGUGAAGUGGGAUUUAGCUCCGACAUAACAAAGGAGGGAAGGCUCCUUAUUGGUGCCCCUGGAGGCUACUACUUUCAAGGUCAGAUCAUCAGUGCAGGACUGCCUGACAUUGUCAACAGUGCCAAGAGCCAGAAUGCCAAACCUUAUGUGGCUGGACAAACCCAUUCCCCUGAGACUGGUGGAUACAAUCAUUACCAUG